AGAUUCGAUUGACAGUUUUAUUCCAUGGAUCUGAUUUCGUAAUAUAAACUAAAGGUUUUAAGAUUUUUGUACAAUAAGAUAAAACGAAGCGUAAAUUACAUCUGCUAACGGAAAAUAAAGUGGUGACAACGUCUUAACCAGAAAUCAUGCAUUCUGAUGAAUUAAAAGAACUAAAUGAAGAUCAUCCUAAGUUGAGUGUAAAAGAAAAAAGAAAGCAUAUUGCUCGACACCUUUGGGAGGAUUUUUUGGGAAAUUCAACAUUACACGGCCUUCAUUAUAUAUUUGAAAAACGUCCAGCAUUACAACGCUUUAUUUGGCUUAUUCUGCAAGCUUGUAUGCUUUCUUUGCUAAUAUGGCAAACUUCAACAAUUGCUCUGAAAUAUUUGGAAUUUGAUGUGACCAGUUCCAUUGAAUUGGUAACUGAAGAAGAAGUAAAAUUUCCAGCCAUAACAUUUUGUAACUUCAACAAAUACAGAAAAAGUUUUAUUAACAACACAGACUUUUUCAAAGUAAUUGAAAAAAAAUACCCUCUUUAUGAAAAUGAAAACAACAGUGUCGAUUGGACAAAAUACCCCAAAAUCAAUGAUUUGAAUAUGACAGCAUUCAUUUAUAAUGUAAGCCAUCAAAUGGACUAUGACAAUAAAACUAAGAAAGGAAUGCUUUAUUAUUGCACAUGGAAAGGAGAAAAAUGCGAUAAAACAUAUUUUAAACGAACGUUGACAGACAUGGGUCUUUGUCACACGUUUACUCCAGAUAAAAGCAACAACAGUAAAGUAACUGCUCCAGGCAAACAUUCUGGACUACAUCUCAGGAUAUCAGUGGAACAAUCAGAAUACAUUGGAUUUCUCGAGUUUUCAGCUGGAUUAAAAAUUAGAAUACAUGAUCCAGAUGAACUUCCUCUGGUUUCAGGAUUAGGUUUUGCAGUAAUGCCAAGAUCUCAUGUUUAUGCAAGUAUUACACGACAAAGGACAAUUUCGUUAAAGUCUCCUUAUAAAACAAUGUGCGAAGAUAAGAAACUUCCAGGAGUGAAAAAAUAUACUAUUGCUGCUUGUUAUGAACUUUGUAAACAGAACUACAUAGCAAAAACAUGCAAGUGUCAACCAUUUUAUAUGAGAGAUAUAAAGUACAAGCCAUGUAACGUUAAACAGUAUAUAAACUGUGUGUUUGACUUGGAAGAAAAAUAUUCCAGUUCGUUGGACAGUCAUAAAUGUGAAUGCCCUGAAUCAUGUGACUCAAUGAAUUAUGACCCGUAUCUUUCCUAUGGCUCCUUUCCCAAUGUUGCGUCAGCAACACUUUAUGCAACUUCCGAAAAUACAACAUUAGAAGCUUUCAGGAGAAAUUUGCUUGCCAUAGAUAUCUUCUACGAAGAUCUGAAUUACAAAGUUCUCAGACAAGAUCCGGCAUAUACCUUACAAAGUUUACUUGGUGAAAUUGGUGGCUUAAUGGGUUUGUUUCUUGGUGCAAGUAUUUUGACCUGGACGGAGUUUGUUGAUGUUGCAGUCAUGAUGAUUUUGACUCGCCUUGGCAUUCAUAAAUAGUCUGUAUACAUACAUCUUUGAUUUAUGUGAGUGUUAUGUGAAUCAUAGAAAAGUUGAAAAGACUCGAGAGCUCUCACAAACGUCUCCAAGGUUUGCAUAUGCCAGUGCAAACGCGAAAAACAUCCUUUAUUUCUUUUAUAUAGUAACAAUAAUGGAAAACAGACAAAUUUAAAAUAAAGGUUUCAAUUUUUCUUUUAAAAUGGUUCAUUAUUGAUUUCCAAAUUCUCACUAAUUGUAUGACUUGAAUUGUUGAGCUCAGAUCGGUUUACAAAGGCUAAUGCAAGCACAGCUAUAGACCAAUCAGCGCACGCAAACACAACUAUAGACCAAUCAGCGCACGCGUUUUAUUGUUUUUAUUUUAUAAACGUAACCAUAGCGAAUACUGACUAUAACAUGCUACGUUUGUAUGUUACGAAAGUCCUCGAUAUUUUGUCAAAAAGACCAAUGGCAACUUGAAAUAAUGAAAUUAAUUUUUAAUUUGUUGAAGCACGUGAUCAAAUAUUACUCUUCACGUGAAAAGUAUUGACGACACAAACAGAAGAAACAUAACAAAAAAAGUUAGAACAAAAUAAUCUUCUUUGUAUGGCACCUUAUAAUUCAUUAGAAAAUCAUGUCCAUGUUUAUAGAUAUCAACUGUCUUAUGAAUAUACUUUCAUACAAUUGAUAAUUAUUUUCAUAUUUAUAAAGACAUGUCACGUGGUGUAGUAAUAUUUAAUCACGUGGUAGCUAUACUGAAAACGUAUCUCGAGUAAACAAAGUUGUACUUAAUUUUACCUUAUUUUUAACUAGCUGGUAUAAUAAGUCACCUUUUACAUUCAUACAUUUUGUGGUAAAGAACGGUCACAAUCACGCAAGCUUUAAAUGACUACAUCGUAAAAAAAUGAACAAAAAGCUGAGAUCAACCCAUUGAGAAAUUCAUAAAUUCAAUGUGGCAAUGAUCAACUUCAUCUUGCGAUCUGAUUAUUUUUCUUUUGUUUUAUUUGAUGUUUUGCCCAAUGUAGUCAUAUGUUAAUCAAUAAAUGUAUUAAUGUAUAAUAAAUUAAAACAUGCUUCUCUUUAACAUUCUUAACAGUUUAUGGGCCCAGAAGUCUUGGACUCUGACAUAGAAGGCUGUUUUUAUUGAUUAUGUUGGACAGUUUAGUAUUUGGGGAGACGAUCUUGGUUUGUGAUUUCUUAAAUGAGCCGAUUGACAUUCCGUUACACUGACUGACUACGUCAAUUGCAAAAAACAGCCGUUUUUGAAAAAUUCAAAACCCUUUAGAACUAUCCAAUCUACAUUUAAGCACAAACCAAAAAUAUUUGUUUAUUGAUUUGAACUUAAUAAAUGUUUCGAAUACUUGGUGUCUUCACUCUUUUUAGAAUCUUAUUUUACUCACAAAAUUUGCUUAGAUUAUCAAGUGUUCACUGCGUGAAGAUUUGUGCAAAGCUGGUGGUGGGAUAACUUUUCAACUUUUCACAGAACUCUUUCGUAAAUUAGAGAACGAGGGAACACUCUAACUUAGUUAGAUUAUUGGAAAUAGCUAAUCAUUUAUAUGCAUGCAAAAGGCAAUUAGCCACUUUUUUCAUAAUCAAAAUCUUUUAUCACUUGAUCAUAUGCAAACACGAAAGCAUCCAAAUCAAA